AAAUUACCGGAACGUUGAACUCACUUUAGGUGAACCAAACGUCCCCUUCGUUUUUCCUGUGAAUUGAACGCGUACUGUCAAUGGCAAUUCGGAAAUCGCAACAACUCUGUUUUAACCACUUCUAAUUCUUAGUUCUUCGAAAUCUCCUAUCACAUUUUCGUAUUAACUUUCCGCCAUGGAAGCUUCUGUGAAGAUCUUGAACUCAUCCUCUCUUUCACUCCUAAACAAAACACACACUCUAAAACUCAGCCCCAAAUUCCUUCAUCCACUUCCUUCGCUUUCCGUCUCCCCAAACAGCACACACCACAGUUUUACCCGGAUUCAUUCUUCAUCAUCUGCUUUACCCUCCCUAAACUCGAAUAUCCUUGGGUUUAAUCUCUCCCUUUACUCUUCUCUAAAUUUCGAGCCUAAAACCUCACCUGUUUAUUCUGAACGAGUCGCGUCCGAUUCAAGCGACAAGUUCUUCGAGUGGCAUCGAGCUGGGAAGGGCGUUAAUGGUGGAGAAGCAGGGGUUUUAGGGCGCGGAGAUUCUUCGGUGACGGUGGUGUUGCUGGGCUGGCUUGGGGCGAAGCGGAAGCACUUGAAGAGGUACGUGGAUUUGUAUACUUCGAGGGGGGUUAAUGCCAUUACUUUCGUUGUUCCGGUGAGAAACCUUCUUUGGUUUGAUCUGGGGAGGAGGGUUGAGAACCGGAUCUCGGCAUUGUCUAACGAGCUUGUUUCGUGGCUUUUGGGGACGGAGAAAGAUGGUUCUGAAAGGAGCUUGCUUUUCCACACUUUCAGCAACACCGGUUGGCUUGUUUGCAAAAUCUUCGGUCUCUGCAGCUAUGGUGCUAUUCUUGCCAAUAUGCAGGGCAGGCAGGACCUAAUAGAAAAGAUCAAGGGAUGUGUUGUUGAUUCUGGAGCAGACCCAGAGUUGAAUCCACAGGUCUGGGCAGCUGGAUUUUCUGCUGCACUUCUGAAGAAGCGUAGUUCCUUAGCAUACCCUUCAAUGGAGACCAGAGGAGGAAAUGAAGCAGAAAGUGCUUUGAGUUCGUCAAGACCUCCAGAAAAGGAACCUCUAAUAAUUGAGACCUUGUUUCUUUCAGUAUUGGAAAAGUUAUUUUCGAUUCUUCUUAAGUUGCCUGAUGUAAAUUGGCGAUUGAUGAAGAUAAUCUCCCUUCUCUCCAAAAACCAGCCUCACUGUCCCCAGCUUUACCUAUAUAGUAGCGCUGAUAAGGUGAUUCCAUUUCAGUCAGUGGAACUGUUUAUUGAGGAUCAGAGAAGGCUAGGAAGAAAGAAUAAAUUAUCAAACAAAUAAUGGUUGUUUUGAGGAGCUGCAAAAGAUCAAGUGAUGAAAGCUGCCAAUUUAAUUGAAGUGAAUUGUAUAGUGUCUUUAAGAUCAUUAAAAUUUAUGUUGGAGGAUUUAGGUCCAAAUAUUGGGAAGAGAAGAAAUGUGUAUGAGAGGGAGAUGGGUAUGGUCCAAUAUGAACGUUCAAUUAACAAAACAAGAAAAAAAAGGUGAAUCGUCUACUGAUCAAUUGCAGAUUAGAUAGCUUCGAUACUCAUCAAGUAAUGAACUGUGAGAUCCAUCUUUCCCUGAAUGUUUUUGAAACAAUAAUAAUCAUGACUUUUAACAUGUUACCUGCAUUUCGAUUAGUUUUGAAGAUUUUGCUUUGUCG